AACAAAGUAAUGGCGUCUUUUGGCUACAAAUUCGCGAAAAAAAUAUUGCAAUUUUAAAUAUAAACUAAAUGAAACUGCCUUCGAUUUGAUUUAUACGUGAAACUAUGAAAUCUGCUGGAUCAAAAACUCCAUCAUAAUUGAACAUUUGUGCUGAAUACGAUGGUUCAUUGCGAAGUGUUCAAACAGUUUUUCUGAAUUUUCAAUUACGAUUUGUUUUUCGAAAAAUUCAUAUAUGUACGUACUCGGUUGUGAAAGAUGAAUGAGAGAAAUGGAGACGAAAUUAUGCAGAAUAUGUGGGCGAUUGGGUACAACCCAUCAAGAUAUCUUCAGGAUAGAAGGACUGAAACACAAAAUAGAAACUUGCCUUCCAAUAUUUGUUACACAGCAUUGCCUCCUGCCGGACAAUAUAUGCGAAGAAUGCUUGGAAAACAUAACGAAAUUCUAUUACUUCAUCAAAAAUUGUCUCCAGAGUAUAAUCGUACUGGAAUCUCAGUACGAUGUUGCAGAAUCAUGUUUAAAGUCAAAAAGAAGGCACGACAAAAGUUGCCUAGUUAAUUUCAACGAACCUAGAAAAGCUCAAGAAACCCAAACUGAAGAUACAUAUGAUAUAUUAUUUACAAAAUAUUCUGAACAAAAUUCAGACAAAAUCGAGUUACCAUUUAAAGGUUGUGAUAUAAAGUUAGUCGAUUACGAGGUUGAUUCUGAAAUGUCAGAGUCCGAUAAUAAGUUGCACAAUAAAGGAGUUGUGGUUGUAAAUAAGAAAACUCAUAAGAAGGUUGAUGAUUUACUGAAUACUCUCUUGAGUAAAACUGCUUUUACCAAACAGUAUUUUGAUGAUUGCGAGAAUAGCUUGAUAAACGAUAUAGCCCACAGGAAGGGAGUCAAGAGAAAACCGGAUGUGAUUGAGAAUGUUCAACCGAAAAUUUGCAGAAUCGACACUAUUAACCGUAGGAAGAAUAGGGCGCCCAAAAAACUGCAAAAUAACCCUCAAGUAAACGGAUUUACAGAAACUGUACUAGCCAGUGAUCAGAAUCUUAUAACAUCGGACUUAAUCUUACCUCAAAGUUGUCUCUUGUGCGAUGAAAAGUUCAGUGGCCCUGCGGCUUUGGCAGCGCAUAUUUUCGAGAUACACGAUCUGGAUUUGAAUAAAACUGUGGAGAAUUUAUCGGAUAGGAAAAAAAAGAUUCCGAAUUUAUUGAAAAUCUCCGAUAUAAAAAGGAAUAGUAGUUCCGAUGACAAUCAGCAUGAUUCUAACUCCCCUAAGACGAAUCAGGAAGAGUUUUCCUGUCAAAUUUGUCCUUAUUCGUCUUCCACCAAGCAAAAUUUACGCCUGCACUGUCGUUCUGAACACCCUGUGGAAGUCCCUCUGAUGUGCGGAAUAUGCUUUCAACCGAUGACAUCCUUGGUGAAUUUGAGAAACCACCUUAAGAUCUGCGCAAUCGAGUACCCAGUGAAAACUAGGUAUUAUUGCUCUAUCUGCAAAUACGGGGAGGAUGGCAUGAGGGAAAUGGAGAAUCACGUGUUGAUCCACGAGUUCUUGAUCGAUAUCUGCAAGAGGGAGGUUAAAAUGUUCGAUCCGGCUGAUUAUGUUGAGCUGAACAAUUCCUGCGAGCUAGGUCCUGUUUCACCGUCAUCCAAAGACUUGAGUUGCAGCCUCUGCUUCCAGUCCAAUUUCCAAUCGUUCAAGGAUUUUAGCAGGCAUCGUAGGACCCAGCACAGUAAAUUCCAUUGUGACCUCUGCAACAAGUUCUAUGGGAGGAAUUCCCACCUCUGGAAGCACGUCAAUAGGCUCCACAAGAACCACCCGAGCAUAACCUGCCAGAUUUGUCAGAAGACCAGCGCCUCCAAGUACCACCUAGAGCAGCAUUUCGCUAAAAUUCACUCUGCCAAACAGAAGACUGAUCGUCGAAAUAUCAACGUGGUAGAAGACCAAUCUGUUUUCGUGAAGUACGGUUUCUUGGAUCGGGAAAAGAAGAGCACCUCUUCGGAAUUCGAGGAGGCCUCGGAUCAAGAGACCUCCGACGAGGUUUUUGCGACCGACGUUUCUGUCCCCAAGGAGGUAGACGCCUCCAGUCACCUUUACACCAACAUCAUAACGAACUACACCCCACCCCCUAACGAAGGGGACUUCAAGUGCCCCAAGUGUUCCAAGGGUUUCUCAAAGAAGCUGCUGCUGAAGAAACACAAGAAAAACUGCAGGCCAAAAUCGCAGAAAGACCUGUUGACCCGCUGUAAAUCCUGCUCGAGGAUAUUCAAGGACCGGCAGAGUUUAGCCAAGCAUUUGGUGAACUACCACUCGGAAUACACCUGUGAAAUUUGCUCCCAAAAGGCGCAAAGCAAAUGCGAGAUAGUGUCCCAUAUAAGAUUCACCCAUCCGAAGUGCAAGCUCUUCUGUAAAGUGUGCGGUAACAUCCUUCGCUCCCAACAGAACCUGUCGGACCACCUAAACGACCAUUCCAACUCCUACAUCUGUCAGUUCUGCGGUGACUCUCUACCGUCUAAGAUCAAAUUGAAGAUGCAUAUCUUGAGCCUGCACCGAAAAAUCCUGAGUUUGAGCUGCGGGAUCUGCCUGAAGCUGUUUGAAAACCAGCACAUCCUGAAGGACCACGUCCAGCUGGUGCACAAGAACGACCUGAGACCCCUGACUUCUUGCACGGUUUGCGGUAAGAACUACGGCUCCAAGUGGAAGACCUACGACCACCUGAACAAGUCCCACGGUCGCAUAUUCAAAGUCUGCAAGGCCUGUUUGGAGAUCUUCAACACGGAGGAGGAGUUGAACUUGCACUGCGAAGAGCUGCACAGUUCCAAGAAUCAGAACGUAACCAUCGUCAAAAAUAAUUAUCCGAAGGAAGAUGUUGAGGAAAUUGAAGAAUCGGAGAGUUGCAAGGAGGAAAUCGAAGAUGUGGAGGAUGUUGGAACCGAGGAACUAUUCAGUCCCUUCGCUCAGGAUUUAUCGGCUAUGAAGAUAUCGUUGCUGGAGAAAAGACUGUUGGGUAAGAAGAUAAACGAGGAAAACCAAACGAAGAUCGAAGAUAAAACAAAACUUAACCCGACUAAAACCAAACAACCACUUAAAAAAGACUCCCCGAGAUACGAAGAUGAUAUUGCAGCCCAACAAGGCAGUUCCAAGAGAACGGUUUACGUAGACAGCGAUGUGCCAUCACUUUGCGAGAUAUGUUUUAAAACGUGGCCAGCUAAGAAGCACCUGUGGCAACACUACAUUCGUUGCCAUAAAAGUGUUGCAGCAACAGUUUGUGGAAUCUGUCUGAAGACCAACGUUGAUUACAGGACCCUCCAAAGACACUUGAGACAAAACCACCCCACUCUCUUACACGGUCAAGGCUUCGGUUCGAAUUUUAUAUGUAAAAUAUGCGGGAGGUACCACAACGCAAGCUCCAAGUUGAAGUUGCACAUGGCCAUACACGAAAACUUCGAUUGGUCCAUAUUGGAGAAUGAGGGAGAGAUAAACGGAGAGAAACUCAAGACCGAACACAACGAAACAUACUACGAAAGUUUAAUAGAACAAGUUGAAUGUUCUUCAAACGAAGACGAAGAAAGUGAAGAUGAACGAAAAGUGGAUAAGGUCGAUUUGAGCAGUUCCGAAGAUGACAGUGAGAGUGAAACGAUAUCCGAAGACUCCAAUCAGAAUCGACACAAGUUCCGUUGUAAUUCUUCAGAGAAUUCUGGGAUGGAAAAAUACCAAUUGAAAUCGGACAAUCUAAACGUAGACAAAAAGUUUUCUGGGACUCCUGUUGAAUUCCAGACUACGGAAAGUGAGGAUUCGAGUUCGGAGAGUUGCAGCAGCGAAGAAGAAGGGACGAUUGGAAGAUCCAAUACGGCUUCUUCGAACGAUGUGAUGAUUGUGAACGGUUUGACCAAUUCGAAUAGUAACGUCAUCUUGGUCGAUUCCAUGGGGGACUCUAUGACGUUUACGGAUAACAAUUUGUUCGGUUUCAAGACCGAGGAGUUGGAUUCGGCUGUUAAGAGUAUAAGUCGGGAGUGCGAGUCGCAGGUGAAGGAGGACUUGGAGGUGGAGUAUUGCGAGUUGUCGAUCGGUGCAGCUUUGAACGAUGGAGAAAUUGAGUCGGCCGUUGGGAGCAUAUUGUGAAUUUUAAGACUGUUGUUGCUGUCGGUUUUCUGUCAAAAUUUCUAUAAUAGUUUUCUUCGCUCUUCUAAAUCGAUAUUAAGAUUCUCUCGUUGAUUGAUUUUUCAUACAUAUCACACGAGUCUUCUCUUGAUUCUUUUACAUUCCAGUGGUUUGUGAAAAUUAUGUUGUUCAUUCUAGUCAUCCAUUUAAAUAGGGACCUUUUCACUUCAAUAUUAGAUUUUUUAUAUUGUGAACGAAAAUUUUUGUGAUCUUUUGCCAUAUUUAUUACCUUGUAAACUUAAUGUUUAAGUCCUCGUAUUUUUGAUGUAUUUUUUUUUAGAGUUUGCCAUGUUGAAGACUGUUUAAGAUAUUUGGGAUUGCAUUUAUUUUUUUUUUUAUUUUGGAGUAAUGUUUUUCAUGAACAUUCCUUUCUCAUUCGUAUAUUGUAAUGAUAUAUUGAAAUAAAUAAAAUAAUUUUCUUAAAAA